GCACAGUCAAGCGGAGUUUGCGAACGCGCAGUCGCAUUGACAGAUCCCGCUCUCUUUGUCAUCAGUCAUCACAUGGACAAGCUAGUGUACGUUCGCCUUACUCGCACGAUUCGUACAACAUUCAUUUCCUUAUAUAGCAAAACGGAUCACCGGUGAGAGAAACUGCAUUAUCAUGAGCACAAUAAUUACCCAGGAAGCCUACGACGAAGAGAUUAGGGAAUUAAUAGAGAGUCUCGGCUUGACUGAAGAGGAGGCGAUCGAGGAUGCUAUUAAAUGCUACGAAAUGAAAGGAAUAAACCUGAGCAACAUCGUCACAGAUUCAGUUCUUGAGGAUAAAUACAAGCAGAUAGUGACGUGCCUGGAACGAUUAACAUGUACUGUAAACGACAAAAGUUACGAAGGCGUGCUGGAGACAUUGCAAAAACUGCGAGACGAGUUGGAUAAGGAUAUCGCACACAGGGUUUUCGCAGGCAAACGCAAAUGUUACAAUAUUCUGAUCGAUCUCUUGAAAGAUUGCAAGAAAAACCACGUGAUACUUGAAUCCACGCUGGAGACAAUCACCUCAUUAAUGUCCGGUUAUCCAGACUUGCUGGACGACGAAGGGAUUGCGUUGCAAAUAGAGAUUUUAGAGGGACAUUGCGAUACGACAACAUUACAAUAUCUAUUGCGUUGGAUACGAGAAUGCUGUAUAAAGCACGAGUUAAAUAGGCAAAAGAUAUUUGACACCAAUAUCUUUGAAAAACUAAAGAAGAUAUUGAUACGUGUAGAUGUAGAUGCGCAAGAGAUUAAAGAUGCAUGUUCGGUAAUCAGAGCGUUGGUAUUGGACGAUGAUAUUAGGCACGAAUACGGAAAGGCACACGAACAUGCGACUAUUAUGGCAAAGGGUGCUCUCGACAUCAUCACGGGAUUAUUGAAAAGAUUUAAAAAGGAUACGAAAGUCAUAGGCGACCUAAUGAUCACAUUGGCCGCAUUGGUUGUUCGAAAUGAAUUCUGUCAGGAAGUAGAAGAUGCUGGGGGAUUGAAAUUCAUUUUAGAUAUAAUGACUGAAUAUCCAGAUUCUGAAAAAUUGAAUUGGCAGGCUUUGAAGUUGCUCAAAGCGCUUGCUGGCAAUGAUAAUGUCAAGUCUCAUAUCGUUACUUCCGGAUGCGGUCCUUUAAUCGUAUCUGCUAUCAGUAGAAUGAAAAGAUCGGAGAAUGUCGUGACUGCUGGACUGAGUUGCAUAUCGGCAUUAUCUUUACGAAGCACUUCGAAUUCUGGUGUGUUCUACGAUUGCGGCGCAGCCCAAGUAAUCGUAGAUACUAUGAAGGCUUAUCCUAAUAAUGUAAACAUCUUAAAGCAAGCCUCUUGGGCGAUUAGAAACAUGUCGGUGCGAAAUAAAUCCGAAUCUAAGGAAUUCUUAAUGUACGGUGUUGAAGAAAUACUACGAGAAGCAGUACGUUUACAUGGUCCUAAAUUAGAGGAUAACAUAAAAGCCGCACUAAGAGAUUUAGGUCUGAAGGUAGAUUUAAAAGAAAGAUGGACAGGAAAAGGCGUUAAUUUGAACAAUGAACGUUAUUAAUCAUUGGCAGCAACAUCGUCAGAGUAUAG